AUGUGGAGUUUGGCCUCCCCACUAGUCCUACUUUGCAUCCAAGGUCUUUGUUUGUUGGUCGCCUCGGAGCUGUCAGUCUCACUUCCUAGUCAGACUGGGUCCUCCUGCCAGACAAGACGGGUCGGCGUGACAACUGAGCGGGUUGUAUCCCGCCUGGCCAGGGACAUAAUUACAAUCACACUGACCUCAACCUCAACGGACACAACAGACUGUACAUGUACGGAGACAGCACCUAGCACAACAGCUAAUACCGAAGAGACCCAAACGACAAGCUCGCUUCUGGCAAGCUCAUCUCUACAGGCCACAGCGUCGCGGACUAGCACUGACGUCCAGUCCAACUCGACAGACACCACAAUUACAAGCACUGUCCCCGCUUCUACCAAGACAACUCUCCAUGAUAUCUCCACCGUGACAGACUGGAGGGCUACCACGGUGGUGAGCUUUCGUACUGUCACUGCCGACUCGCCUACUCCCUUGCCCAGUAAAUCUUUCACUUCAGAUAUAAGCACCGGCUUGGCGGUUAGUACGACAAGUGACCCCACGCAGGACCUUAGCGUGUCAACCCGAUACACCACGGUCACGGUCCAUGAUACUAGCUAUUCAACACAAUGGGAGACCACAGCACUUACAGACGCAACACCAACCAGCCAGUCCGUUUGGUUGCCAUCUAGCGAUGCGUCCACUAUGUCAGAGAGUGGAGCCCUCCUACCAUCCUCAGCAGGCUAUGGCCAAAGUUCGACAGCCACGACGUCGACAUCGACAGCGCUGGUAUUAGAUACGAGUGCGAUCGAUGCUUCGCAAGUGGAAACAUCGGCGACAGGUAAAUCGAGUCCGUCGAGUGAGUCCGCGCCAUAUGAAAGCACCGGCUCCGUCACUAGCACAGAGGAAGUUCCCACUUUGGAUCCAAGUGCGUCAAUUCUAUACCCCACGGUCACAGUCCACGAUACCAGCUCCGCGACAAUUUGGACAACGGCCACACGGUCAAGCGACACGACGGUCAUCCAAUCAACUUGGACAUUUUCUAGCGAUUCAUCCACAUCGCCAGGUGGUCAAGUCACACUUUCAUCGAGCAUGAGCUCUGUCGGGAGUCCAGCACCCGUGGUGUCAACCACCACCACCACCACCGUAGUACGUACGGGCGCAACCGAGAGCCCACGGGAGGUUUUAUCGACGACGAUUGUAGCCACUACCACGGGCGAUGCGGUAUCUUCACCAUCUCAUCAGCUAUCUACACACCCCAGCGACCGCUCAGCCGACCCCACAGAGGGAGGACUUGACUCUGCCCCAGUUGGCACCACGUUCACUCUCAGCGAUACAACAUACACAACCGCCGUCAGUGCUCACACCGUCCCCCAGUCUAAUGCAGACGGCUCCGGGGGAUUUACUGAUCAAAGUUCAAUCGAUCGCCCGACUGAGUCGACAAUAAGUUCGAGGGCCCGGUCGUCGCCCGAGCCGAUCGUCACUCUGGUCAAUCCUGUCUCUAUAUCCGCAGACUCCAGCGAAGGGCAGGCUCAAACUGAUGGCAGAAGUGACACAGCAACGACUUCCUCCCGGCUAUCGCUUUCGAUCUGUCCGACCAGAAUCAGCAAUCCAACGUACACGCCGACAUCCCUACCACCUCGCGACUACACCUGGGGCUGCCCGCCACACUUUCUGUGUCGUCCGUCUAGGAAAACGGCCCACGGGGAAUGCAACUUCGAGGCUGGACCCCCGGCCGAUAGCUAUUAUUGUGCGCCCGAGGAGUGUAUCCCAAGUCCUCCUAUACCCCAUACUUCAUCCCAGGGCUCGACGACGUCUUCCGGUCAAAUACGAUACACUGUGGCCCCAGGGUUUAUCAACUUAAGCCCUCUCCAGUUCGGCCUAGGGUACGAAAUUUUCGAGUUCCUCCAGUCGCGUGCAAAGACUCUGCGAAAACGGGCUGUGAAAAUCCCAGGAAAGUGCUAUGACUCGUGUAAUAAUGCGAUGGAGGCGGCCGAAUCAAUCACCAAGACCCAGGAGCUAUGCUCGCCGGGUUCUCCAUUCCAGGUGUCCCAUCGCGCAUGCAGAUCCUGCGUCGAGUCCGGCUCGGGGGUCCGCACUUCAAGUUCAGCUCUCCCCGAAUUCCAACAAUUCCUCUUCUACUGUGAGGAAUCAGCCAAUGUCACGUUAACGAAACAAUCCCCCUCAGCAGCGUAUAGCAGAGGGAAAAGCUCUUCGUCACCGUCUUCGACAACAAGUACGAGAGGUACGGCAUACCCGAGUCCCACGCAAACCGUCCGCAUGGGGACGUAUACUCUCUCUGAUGUAAAUUCCGCGUCUACCUCACGCAUCGAGGCAGCUUCGUCACGUCUUCCGGCGUCGACAACAUCCCACCGGAUUUACACGGGUGGAGCCUCCUGGCGCUGCCCGGCACGUUUCCUUUGGGUAACCACGAGUGUAUUCCUACUCGGUCUUUGGUGGACCCUCUAA